AUGUCCUGGUAUGCCGGCAAACCUCCGGAUUGGGAGGUGUGUUGGGACUUUGCGAAUCGCCAUAAGCAAGGCAGCACGUGGAACGGCGGGCCCUAUUCCGAGGCGGUCGAGCCUUCCCCGGAGUCCUACCACCCAUGGGCCGACACUCAGCCGUGGUUUCCACCGCCGCAGCCGCAGUUCUGGCCAGACCCAACGUGGGAAUACAUGCAGCACCUGCAGAUGCAGGCGGCAGCCAGAAGUUCUGCCAUGCCCAGACCUCUUCAAGAGGACUCCGUCGCCCUGCCGCCAUCUUUGGAAAAGCGGCUGCAGGAAUUGAAAAGCAACAAAGCGGCAAAGCCAGCUGCACCGCCACCGCCUGACAGGGAGUUUGAGGGCAGCCUCAAGUCCCUCAGUGACAGGCAUGGCUAUGGCUUCAUUGCCUGUCAAGAUGUACAUAGGAUCUACGGUCGAGACACAUACGUCCCGAAGGACCUCGUUCCUGAGGACAUCAAGGUAUUGGACAGAGUGAUUUUCAAAAUUGGCCUUAGCAAGAAGGGCCACCCGCAGGUAACGCAGAUAAGACGAGCUGCGGUCUGA